AUGUUGGCGCCGCAGGGGAUGGAGGAGGACCAGGACAUGAGCAGCUGGUCUGAGGAGGAGUUCCAGGAGAGAUGCACCUACAUCGUCAUGGACCAGGAGGAGCAGGAGGAGGAGGAGGAGGAGACCAGGAGGAGCAGAAGGACCAGGAGGAGUAGAGCCAAGAGAGGUCUUCGGACCGAGACAAAGCGAGUGUCGGUCUCGGAGCCUCUGUGGCGACGGCACAAAGCCACAGCUGAGAAUAAAAGCGCCGGAGCCGCGCCCGCCCUGCAGGCAGCUUUCACACCUCCAGCCGGCCACAGAUGA